AUUUAAACCUGAGAAGAAGAAGACGAUUCUCGCGUGGUUUCCAAAGAACUUCGCGUAGCAGUAUGGCAGCCUCAGUGCUGAGAGGUUUCAGAAGAGUGGCUCCACGAACGGUUGUGCAUGGAAAGGUCUCAGUUUUUUCGGACAUGUGCUUGGGAGGAGUCAGGCAGAAGUCCACAGUUCAGUAUGUGACUCGUCCAGACUUGCCAAAGCUGGCCUAUCGGAAGGUCAAAGGCAAGAGCCCGGGCGUGGUCUUCCUGCCAGGAUUCGCCUCCAGUAUGGCUGGGUUGAAGGCAGAGGCUCUGGAGGAGUUCUGCAAGUCUUUAGGCCAUGCCUUCUUGAGGUUUGACUACACGGGCUGUGGGGCUUCAGAAGGGGUGUGGACUGACUGCUCACUGGGCAGCUGGAAAAGGGAUGUUCUGUAUGUGCUGGAUGAGCUGGUGGAGGGACCACAGAUCUUGGUUGGCUCCAGUAUGGGAGGCUGGCUUAUGCUGCUGGCGGCCAUCGCCCGCCCAGAAAAGACUGACGCUCUAGUGGGCAUUGCCACUGCUGCCGAUCAUUUUGUGACAGCCUUCAAGUCACUGCCUAUAGAGGUGAGGAAGGAGAUAGAGGAGAAGGGUGAGUGGGUCCUGGCCUCCAAACACAGUGAGGAAGGUGCAUACAAAUUGAGCCUGGACUUCCUACAGGAGGCGGAGUCUCACUGCGUGCUGCAGGGUCCUAUCCCGGUCACCUGCCCUGUGCGCCUGAUCCAUGGGCUGAAGGACCCAGACGUGCCCUGGCACAUUUCCAUGCAGGUGGCAGAGCGUGUGCUGAGCAACGAUGUGGACAUCAUCCUGCGUAAGCACGGCCAGCACCGCAUGUCAGACAAGGACGAUGUCAAGUUGAUGGUCUACACCAUUGAUGACCUUAUAGACAAACUCACCACUAUGGCAUGAGUGGAUGGGGCUACAUGGAACAGACACAGAUUCUUACCCCUCUGGCUGGUGUGUGACCCCCCCCACCCCCACCCCACCCCACCCCAACACAAGAAAGGGAGAGGAGAGACUGCCGACUAAGAGAAGACAGGCUGGUGUAUGUUCUGCCUCCCUGCACCUUAAAGUGGAUUUAUGAUUUUUUUACUGGUUACUCUGCUUUCUUCAGUGUUGUGUCAUUAAGGCCCUCUGUUUUGCUGCCAUUUCAUGGACAGAGUUCACCUUCUGAUGAGUCUCCUCUGGUCACCUCCUGUGCCUUUUCACGGACAGAGUUCACCUGCUGAUGAGUCUCCUCUGGUCACCUCCUGUACCUUUUCACACACUUCUGUCUCCCAGUACUGAAGCAGCAAAGAAAUCAUUUGUCUCCUAGACUGUGGGUCUCUGGUGUGCACUCACAGAAGCUCUACUUAUCACAGUUUCUACUUAUAAAGGAGCAUGCUCGCAGAGCUCUACAAAGAAGCAUUGUCAGACCUUUGCAGUCAGUUCUACAAUGAAGCAGUUUCACAAGCAAUUUGUCUGUAUAAUAAAGCAUGCUUGCAUGUCUCUAUAAUGUGACACCUCACAAGUCUUUCAAUUGAAACCUUGCAAUUUUCUGAAAUUAAGCAUUCUCACAGGUCCAAGUAAAUAGUCUCACAGGACUAUAAUGAAGCAUUUUCUGAGCUUAUUUUGUAUGUACAAUGAUGAAACCAGGCUGGGUGCAUGUAGGCAUUCUCUGACAGUCCAUCUCCAAGGGGAUUUGGAUUUGGAUUUUGGGAUUUCUCCAAAGUCAUUUUCUGACUGUUCACAGGCAUUUCAUUAAGUACAAUAAAUACUGGACUUCAUAUUGUAUGUGAUGUUCUAUAUAUGGCAAACCUAUAUAUAGCACAUAAUGAUUGCAUUAAAAUGUAAAUUAAUUUAAAAUUGAACAGCAUUCACUACACUACAAUAUUAAAAAUGACUGCUUAUUGAUGCAUGUAGGCUCAGUGAGCAUAGACAUUUAGGCAGUUAACAUGAAAGGAACAGAACUGACAAUUGACAACAAAAAUGAUCAACUUCCUCAUCUGAAACUUAUCUAUAUCUUUACUUUAUUUGUCACUGUCAUCUUGGAUUGCUGCCAUUUUGGAAAUGCUAUUAGCCAUUUUCCUUUGUCUCCAGUUUUGUCCUAACCACAUGGCUGAUACCUGUCACAUUUGUAGAAGCUACCUCCCAAUGUUGACUUAGUGAUUUCGGCGCUGAUUGGCCAUUUGGUGGUGCUGUAACUGUCAUUCGAAUUUCUAGUAUUCAAAAAUCAUAACUCCUGGCCCCUUUGACUUAGACUUGAAUCCUGCCUCUCAAGUCUGUCCUCAUGGACAAAUCAACCCCCUAGGACUCAAUGUCAGCCAUUUUUAUUUUUCCACCAUUUUGAAUUGUUGUAAAAAAUUGUUUUUCAUCUCCUUCUAGAGCAUUUGGCACAUCUGCUUGGAACUUGCACCAAUUUGUACAGUCAAGUGUUCCCAAAAAAAGGCUCCUAAGGAGCUUGAUACUCCAAAAACUUUGGCAACAAUAAACCAAUUAAAAUUGAGGUGGGCGUAAUUAAUAAUAAAAAAAUGCUAAAACUUCCAAAUGGUUUCAUAAAUUUAGAUGAACUUUGGUAUUCAUUUUGGCACUCACAUUCUGAGCCCAACUCUAAAGCAUUUGCACAAUUGAAUCACAUGGUGGUGCUAUAGAGCAGAAUAUUUUUUAUAAAAAAAUUAAAUCAUGAAAAGAAUUUGGUGCCUUGGGGCAUGCCCCAUACCUAUACAGCACAGAGAGUUUGGCACUUUUCAGGGUUCCCCACAGAAAUAACCACAACAACCACAGACUUUCAGCCCUUAAAAACAUGAAUUUCUGUACAUUCUCACCCCAUUUCAACAGACAGAAUUCAUAAACAACUUCAUACGUCCACACAAUAAAGCCCCUAACUCUGGAGAUUUCACGUUUUCUCAUUUUCCCUGCCACAGCUACUCCUAGCCCACAAAGAAUAUGUCUCCCCAUUGGUCAUUUUACGUACAUUAACCAAUAAAAACUUUGGAUACAAAUACAAAAUGUGCGUACAUUAAAAACAGUUCAACUUUGCAGCUCUGUUGUCUGCUUCCCUCAUAGCUUACCGGGUAAUCCCUUCACUUUUUGAAAAUAUUUACAGGACUGAUAGAUCCGGGUUCAAUCCCCCCCUCCAACUGAAGCAAAUCUCGAACUCAUUACACUGGCUUGGUGGCUAAGUAAAAAUACAACAUUUCAACUGUUGCUUUUGCAUCUGUAAAAUAUUUCCAGGACAGUUCUGCUUUCAGCAUUUUCACUGUGUUUAAUGUUAGCUACCUUGUGUGUGAGUAACUUGGCAUUCUUGUACGUUCAAAACGUGUUUUUCAUGAGAUAUAUAUUAAUGCAAAAACUUUUUGUCUCACUGUUAGCUAAUGUGAUACCAGCUGACACCAGUAGAUGACAGUGGCCACCAGUCAUUGUGAGAUUCGCAGGCACAGGACGUCUUGCUUAGUAACAAGUUUUGCUGGUAUAGAGACACGCCCACCCUGUGUACAACCUGGGGUACUCUCUAUUAAAAUGAAUUGAGGAAUGAGAUUUUGACCACCUCUGACAUAAACUGUGUUUGCUUUUUUUGUGAUUGAAUAAACUUUUCCACAUGUUUUG